AUGUGCGACUACGAUGGCAAUGUAAAAGGAUGCGAUAAUCGAAUGAAAAUGUCAUGUACGAACAAAACAGACGGGUUUUAUACAAUCGGAUGUUCAUCCACUUUCUUCUCGUGCGUGAAUGGGCAAAUCGUGAGCAAAUCUGUCGGCACUUGCCAAGACGGACUCUUCUACGACAGCGAACGCAACACGUGUGAUCACAAAUUUCGAGUGCGAGCAUGCGGUGGAAAUCCAGAAAUGCGAAGAGAGCCGGUGACGCGUCCUCCGCUUGUGGUUGCCACGUUUCUACCAAAUCCAUCGGGACAAAACCGAAGCAUCUACACUGCAAGGAUCAGAGGACGAGGCCAUCACCAUCGACGUUCCCAACCUACAACCAGAUGUCAUGGUAAACCUGACGGGCCACAUCCAGUGAGCAGCUGUUCCCAGCAGUACAUUACGUGCGCCAACGCUAUGUCACAGCUGGCAGAAUGCCCUGACUUCCAAGUCUUCAGCAGUGUAGAGCACAAGUGCGUGCCGAUUGAAACUGUCCGGGAUUGCUCCGAGUCGAGUCAUGCGUCUGCUAUCGACUGUUCUUUCAAGGAAGAUGGGUACUAUGGGCUAGGAUGCAAAUCUAGCUUUGUAUUUUGCAGUGGCGGAAAGGCUUUAGCGAUGGAAUGUCCAAAUUCUUUGGUUUUCAAUGAAAGGAAGGGGUACUGCGACUAUGAAGAGUCUUGCGCGGGAGUUAGCAGUUCGGGGGCUGCUACGGUUGUUCACACACAACCUAUCGGUGAAAACUCCAAAUCCGUAUCGAAUUCAUAUUGCUCCUUCCGAAAAGACGGUUUCUACUCUGAAGGUUGCAGUCGGGAUUUCGUUUCUUGCGACCAUGGACAUGCUACUCCCAUGGUAAGCUAAUG